CAUAACUAAAACCGCUUCUGCUUGCAGAGUAUCCUACAGGAUCAGUGAUGCAUUUUCCAGCAUGAAAAAUUCUAAUAAAAAAAAUCUAGUAAAAUAUAACGGAUCUAACAAUAAAAGCAGAAAACACUGAGAUGAUGCAGUGGGUGGAGGUGAAAUGACCUAAAGCUGUAAACAUAGAAGAGAAGCCCAAGCAUCAGUACCGAAAGAAUAACGCAUUUGUCACUGGAUCUCUUUAAAAUCAAGAUGAACACCAACGUCACUGUCACAGCUUUAUCCCUGUGUUUCCUGACUCUGUUUUCAUUAACGGACUGUAGCACAUGUGACAUUAAUACAUUAGAAGGUGAGACCCUCAGCUUUAAACUGACUGACAGUUCACUUAAGGAUAAUGAUCGAUUCACUAUUAAAAAAGACAAUCAAGUGUUAGUCCCCAAAAGGAAUAGGAAACAAGAUGGACCAGGGAUCAUGGACAAUAGCUUCAUGAAGUUCCCAGAUGUGAAACUGAAUAGUUCUGGAUCAUACACUGUUGAGGUUUUUGAUGGACAAGGCAGGAACUUAAACUCAUACACACAAUCCGUCUGUGUUUAUGCAAAAGUCCCAAAGCCAAGAGUGAAUAUUACAUGUCAGGAUGGGAAGAUUGACAUAAUAUGUGAUGUUGAAGACAGUAAAGAUCUAUCUUUCUCCUGGGAAAAAAAUGGGGAAGAUUUCAAGACAAAUGCAAAAGUUUUAAGAAAUGUUGAGUCGGACAAAUCAAAUUAUUCAUGUACUGCCCAGAAUCCAGUUGAUAACAAUACAAGUGAUUCAGUGGAAGCAUCAUGUAACAAGGUAACACUCUUUGGAUUUGACCUUCGGAUCAUGGUGAGCAUCUUAGCUGGUGGAGGAACUCUCGUCCUGCUAUUGAUUAUUGUGCUCGUGACAUUUUCCUGCCGUUCAUGGAGCCGCAAAGAUAAACAUCAUCGAGUUCCAGAUCAACACGUCUUAACGGACCCACUUCCAACCGAGAGCUCUUGAUCGCCUAUGUUCUGUAACGGCUCUAUACUCAUCAGUUUGCCGCUGUAAUCCAUAGGCCCAUGGGAAGAUGGAUGAGGCAGGAACACACCCUCGGUUGGACUCCAGUUCAUCACAUGCACGCAAACACAUUCACACCUCUGGGUAAUUUAUCUUAAGCAAUACUCCUGUGAUGUGAUGUGUGUUUACUAUGUAGAAUAGCAUCAUUAUACAGCAGAUGCUUACCAUUAUUUAUUUUAAAAAGCAGAUGCUUCUAAUGUUUGAGAUAUUUAACAGUAUUUUUCAUAUUUUCUCUCAUAAUCUUGUGUAUUCUGUUCAUUUGAUUUCUAUGCUUUACUUUGUAAGGAAGUGCCAGUGCAAUUCUAGUUUUCAGUACAGUUUGCAAUUUCAUCUCUGUUUCGCCCCCAAAAAAUACAGCAGAAUUAGUCCACUCUUCUGUGGAAACUCCAUUUUGUCUUAUAUGUUGAAAUACAUAAAAUUCACGCAGCCACUUACAAGUGUCGAUGACAAAAUAUUAGCGCCUAUAAUCCUGUGAGAAACCUGCAGUCAAUGUUACCAGGUCUGUGGUUUUCGUGCCAAAAUGGUAAAAAAUUGCAGCUGUGGAUGAACAUUUUUGUGUCACAGAUGGUGUUUUUAAGGCUAAAUCAUAGAUUGUGGCUGUCAAAGAAAAAAAAAAUCAGCAGAAAAGUAACACUGUUUACACUGAUUACACUGGGUAUUACAAACAGCAAAAACAGACACACAUUAAGAUGAAAACAUUGAGUUGACAUUUUGACUCUUUUUUCUUACUUUUAUAUUCUUAUUAUGUUCUCAUCAUAUUCUGCUCUUUUGACAUCUCUGUUCCUUUGUAGAUAUAAAGUUGUGUGUAUUUGUGUAUAAGUUAAAUAAAGGUUUCAAACACAGGACCGUUUUUAUCAGUACAGACCCCUAACUAUGACUGACAUGUAAAACUUCAAGCAACACAGUAUACACUCUUCUCAGUGCAUUAUACAACAU